AUGGCCUCAGAGAUGAUUUACAUCCCUCCAGAAGUCAUCCUCGCCAUCGGUCAUCAUCUUCACGAUCAAGAUCGUCUCGCCACCCUAGCAGUACUGGCAAGUACCAAUCAAGACAACCACCAACUUCUCUUACCUCUUCUCUACCGAUCCGUCGACAUUCUCUCUGAUAAAAUGUUGUCCAGGUUCAUCCUCGCUCACUUUCGACUCUCUGCUUCUUCACCCUCUCUGCCCAUCAAAUCAACAGAAGAAUCCCUCAAUACCAUCCAAGCGAGGCCUUACCCUGCUGCUGCCACGCCUUCGGACAAAGCUUCCAAAUCCCAGAUCUUCUCAAGGACCAAAUCGAUGGCUGACGAUAAAGAGGAUACUCAACCGUUCUCAGGAUCUUCCGAACGAACACCUUCUACACAUCCAGUCGAAGAGCCCUCUUCACCUCAUUCACACCCUUUCGCCCUCACUCUAGUCCAUAAACUCAAACUCCACGAAACCCUUUCUCCCUCGACCUCCGCCCUCAUACUUUCCCUCCCAUCCCACGUUUUCCCUAACGCAACGUAUCUAUCUAUCUCAAAGUCCGUUAUCUAUUCACUGAAAUGUCGUGCGGGUCUCAUCCACCUUCUCCCAGUCCGAACCCUCUGUCUCCGCCGCGACCCUCCACGAGGUUUAGUGGUCGCUAGUGGUCCUACAGUCGACAAAUACCCACCACUCUGGUUUUACCGACUUGCGAAAUAUUGGGCAGGUUUGGAAGUGGUGUACUGGCAUUUUCGACCCGCGAUACCGGUCAUCAGGGUGAAGAAUUAUGCAGCGGAACGAACCGUGGGAAUGGAGCAAGAAUGGUCCAAUGAGGACUGGGCUACUACAUGUGCCUGCGUUUUGAGGAUGGACGGUGGUUAUGCUUUGUGGCCUGAUCACCUACUUCCCUCAGCCAGAAGCGAAGAUAUAAAAACAAAAGUGGUGCUCUGUGGGAAAGCCAAUCAGGCUUUAGCCAUUUCAACAAAAGCAAAGAUGUCCUCAAGCUUUCGCCGCGAUGUUGAGGACCCCUUCUGGCGACCCGCCUGGCCGUCGGACCGAGCCUUCGAUUCAGAUGGAAUAUUGAGGAUCUUGGAGUUUACGUCCAACGCUUGUUGCACUUCCAAGGAUGUCAGGGUACACCUUAUAAGGGAGCUCGAGACUGCUAGGCAGAUCUCGAGUAUUGAGCCUUUUAGUGAGGACGUUAUGAUGCAGGUCCCUUACUGCACCUGUAACAAAGGAUCAUAUGAUUUGAUUCGUGCAUCAAAUGGUGUGACGAAACCUGAGAGAUCAUAUGAGCAAGGGGGACCCUUCUUCCAGGUUGGGACAGCCUGA